AUGGGCAGCCGGCCCCGCAGGCCCAGCGCCUCCCCUGCGGGCCGGUGGGGACCGCAUCCCGGAGGACCGGGCCCUGCCAAGCGCCGGCGAACGGAGGAGCCCGCGGGCCCCGAGUCCAAGUCCAGGGCGGCGCCCAGCCUGGACAACCUGACCUGGCCCCCUACCGCGGACAUGCUCAUCUUCGUGGUGGUCCUGCCCGCCGGCUGUGCCCUGCACGUGCCUCUGGACGACGUCGACCUGCUGCUGGAAGUCGAGGCCACGUCCGUGAGGCAAGUGUCUCUCGGAGAUCGCAUCCUCAUGCUGGUCCCCGAGGCCCUCACGGGCUCGGGUGUGGAAGGCCCGUGGGGACAGGGCCUGAGACGGGCCGGUUUCCUGAGCGCUCCCGGGGAGUACAUGGCCCUGGAGCCGGGAUUCUUGUGCGCAGCUGUCCCAGAGAUCGCCUGCCAAGAAGAGGUCAACGAGGAGGACGCGGAUGCUGACGCCGACUUCCUGCCGGCUGGGACGGAUGCUGCUGCAGUCUCAGUCGCUGGGCUCCGCCCCUCGGCUGGCUGUAUGUCUGGCUUCGACCUGUUGGGCCUAGUCUCAGAGCCGUCCCCUCGGGCCCCCAACACUGGUCCAGAGAGACGCUCUCCUCACCACGACGACAACCUGGACUUGCACCUUCCGGAGCCCUUCCCCGACUCACCACUCCAACCUCUACCUCCCUCUCCAAGUCCAGGUCCUCACCAGCGUCCCCAACGCCCUCAUAGUCCUCCACGCAGGACCCGGAAAUGCCUGUUCCCUGAAUCAACCGCCUCCCACAAUUCCUGGCCAACUCAACGGGGACCAGGAGAGAGUCUUCUGAUGUUGGCUCUGUGUCCCUUGCACACACCGUAA